AUGGAGGCCAUCACCGGACCGGGACCUGGCAAGGCCAUCUCGGCCUCCUCCCAGGCUGGCAGUGACUUGAACACCAGCGCGGGAGGCACCUCGCGGCAGAGUGCCAACGUCGAGAGGCGGAUUGCCUGGCUCGAGGAGGAUGUCGCAGUUCUACAUCGCCGAGUCAAAGCAGAGUGCAGCGACUUGGGAGGCGGUGUGGCUGGUGACUCUGGUCUCCGUGCCCUUGUGGCACGAUUGGAUGGCGAGCUGGCCCAGGAGAGGCGGAUGCAGGAGCUUCUCGAGGCCAGGAUGGUGACGGUGGAGGAGAGCUUGCAGGCCGAGCGCAAGGACCGCGAGGCCAGCAUCAACACACUGGCAAGCGAGCUGGACAAGACAAUGAAAGGCUGCGAGCGGCCUGAUUGGCUGGGCACCGAGUUAUCGUCAGCUUGCAGCGACACCAAGCUUUUGAUUUUGUUGGCGAAAGUCUGUCCCAAUGUCGAGGAGAGAAUCGCGGUGUUGGCCGCAUUGUUCUUGCAGGACUCACCGCUGGUGCUGCAGCUCUCCAGGUCGACGUUCGCCGCAGACGAGCCAGGCGCCUUCUGUGCAUCGCUCUCCGGCGCAGACACCGUCUUCUGCAUUUCCCGGCUCAAUGCAGGCUGCAUGUACCUUUGGUUUGAGGUGCCCGGAAGCGGUCUGGGCGCAGGCUAUUCUCAGGUGCAAGGAGGCCCUGGGAUGACCUUGGGAGGCUAUCCCAGGGCUCAGGUGCAAACCCUUCCAGCAGGCGCACGAAGCCCACAGCAAGUUAUGAGAGUUUUGCGCAACUGA